CGCAGCAAAGAGUCAACAUGGGUCUUAAAAAUAUACUACUGAUUAGCUUAGCUAUCAUUGCCGUGGCACAUUGCAAAUCGGUCAUAUUAGGCCAAAUAGUAGACCACAGUGGAUUAGUGAGGAUGGUGGACCAAAGAGUGGUGGAAAGGAACGCUAUACCGUUUAUUAAACGUACGGACGAAUUAUCAUUUACUACACAAGGACGGCCUAUAAGAGGAAUAGCCUUGAAAGAUUUGGAGAAUGGGCUUGCUGAGCCAUCUGUAACCCGUGGUGGCUUAGGCUUCGAUUAUGCCGAAAUCAGAUUGAAGAGCGAAAGAGGUUCCGGUUAUAAAUUUGUUGUGGAAAUAUACGCUUGAU